CCACUACCUAGCAGGUGGCCUGUUCCAGUUGGAGAACAGAGUGAGUCUUCCAGUGGAGCCAGGGUCUGGUUCUCCGUGACGAGCUUCGCGAUGUCCUCCCAGCCGACCGCAGCUUCCGCCAAAAGCUUUUCCAAGGGGUCUUCCCAGGGCCCCGCUCCGUGUCCCGCCCCGGCGCCCUCUGACUCGUCGUCCUGCUGCGGCUGCUGCGGCGACUCGGGCUGCUGCGGCUCCAGUUCCACCAGCUGCUGCUGCUUUCCCUUGAGGCGCCGCCGGCAGCGCAGGAGCUGCUGCGGCUGCUGCGGCGGCGGCAGCCAGCGAUCCCAGGCCUCCAGCCGGUCCGGCUGCUGCGGCGGCUGCUGCGGCGGCUGCUGAGGGCCCCACUGCUCC